AUGGACGAAAAGCAUCGAGACAGGAGAUUCCGAGUCAUCAUCGUCGGCGGCGCCAUCGCCGGUUUGACACUUGCGCAUUGUUUGAAACGCGCAAAGAUCGACUACGUGCUUCUAGAAUCUCGUGACGAGAUCGCACCGCAGGUCGGAGCCUCAAUUGGACUCAAUGCGAAUGGAUUGCGGAUCCUAGAUCAGCUGGGUAUGUUUGACGACAUCCUCGAAUGGGCCGAGCCAUUGGGCACCAGUUAUUACUGGCGAGAGGACGGGUCACUCCUCACCCAAAAUGAAGCUAUAAAAGACAUACAGACGAGACAUGGCUAUCCCGUGUCAUUUCUAGACCGGCAGAGGGUGCUCGCUAUCCUCCACGAACAUCUGAAGGAGGACAGAUCUAGAGUCCUCCUUAGCAAAAGGGUUGUCAAAAUCGAAACUUCCGAUUCUGGAGCUAUGGUACACUGUACCGACGGCAGUCGGUACGCAGGUGACCUCGUUGUAGGUGCUGAUGGCAUCCAGAGUGUUGUGCGACAGGAGAUGUGGCGGCACAUGGAGAGCCUUGACCUGAAAGAUGUGGUCGAACGUGAACGUGCCAAGUUAAAAAUUGAAUAUUCUUGCAUCUUUGGAAUAUCUGAUGCAACCACCAACCUGACGGUAAGCCAAUGUCACCGUACUUGUGCAAUGGAUUGGUCUUUUCUCUCCGCGGUGGGCAAAGAUGGUCGAGUAUACUGGUUUGUCUUUAUCAAACUGGACCAGACGUAUUUGAAGCCCUCGUUUGCCAGAUUCAAUCGUCAAGACCUGGAUGAGACAGUUGCACGUUUCUUGGACAAGCCCAUCUCAUCGGAUGUCUCCUUCGGAGACAUUUACCGAAAUGCCACAUUCGCGACUCAUAUCCCUAUUGAAGAGGCGUUCUUCGACAAAUGGGCGUAUAAGCGACUUGUAUGCAUUGGGGAUUCGGCUCACAAGAUGACUCCCAACAUGGGUCAGGGAGCCAAUUGCGCCAUUGAGAGCGCUGCCUCCCUUGUCAAUCAUCUAAGGUCUCUUCUGAAGGUCUCUCCUGUCCCGUCUGCAAGUGAUAUUAGCAACUGUUUAUCCGUCUGGGAGCGGGCCAGACAGCCUCGAGUAAAGAAAAUCUGGGCGGCGGCCAAUGACCUUACCCGACUGGAAUCGUUGGCAACAUGGAGGCAUAGCUUCUUCACUUUUCACGCCCUCCCACGUUUGAACGAUUGGUUGACAGAUCAAUACUCUACCGUCUUCAUUGGAUCAGAGAAACUGGAGGGCAUUGCAUUGCCAAAGAGGGCAUUAGGCUGUCCGAUUGCCUUUGACAGGAAUUACCAGAGAUUGCAGGACGAACGUGGUUGGGUUCGGCUUCUGUGGGCUCUGCCAUUGGUGAUGUGUAUUCUCCUGGCACACCAUAUGAUGGGCACGACUGUUAGAGGAUUCUUGCCUCAUCUUUCUUCCAUUCUGGACAGGGAUGAUACCGUUCGUAUCAUGGUAACUUGUUUUUUGCCGUCGAUCACGGGUUCAGACGCAAUAGCUCGGCUUCAGAUGCUGACGUUCCUCACGGAUAUUGGGGCUGUCUAUGGCAUCUGGUUGCUCGACAACUACCGGCGAGGCUACUCUCGCAUAGCAUCUUUACUACCGGUUCUUUGUGGUGUAAUCUUCCAGUUCCAAGGGAUUGGUCUUGUUGCUCCAUACUAUUAUUUGAUCGACUUUCUGUUCUCCCCUCUCCUAAGUAUCCUUGUUGCGGACCGUCGCGAGAUGCGGAUUUCCGCCGCAAAGACGUUCCUACCAGUCUUUGUGCUUUUAUACUAUCCCGUGACAUGGGCCAGUUUCUUUUCCGAGACAGUUGCCACGCGACAGUGGAUGAACGCCAUCUGGCAACUCUUCCCGGUCCUGGUCCCCCUCAUUCAUUUCCUAUUAACGUCAAUGGUAGAGGAUUCGAGACCCGCAAGCCUCAGUGUGGAUCAGCGGGCGGAUAUGCCGUAUGUCCACAUCAUCUGGGUCUCCCUGGCGGCGAUCUCAGGUCUUGUUUUUCAGUAUGUGCGAUUCUCGGUCCCACCCGGGACUUCGCUAUCGGAGAUCUUCUACCCCGAGGUAGGGGAGUUCUCUUCGUCGGUGGAGUCAUUUUCGGAUGGUGUCACCCUGUUCCUCAAGUAUGACGAGCUCUUCUCCAUGGCCAGCGGGUUCCUGUGGCUACUGCUUUGUUUCCGUGACUUGAAGUUGUAUGGGGUCCAAAUCUCGCUGCUCAAAGUGGCUGCGUUUCUGGCCGCGAUGACAUGGGUUGGAGGACCUGGCGCUGCUUUUGCUCUGGGAUGGGGAUGGCGGGAAAUGACACUGACCAACAAGAUCCGGCAGUCAUGA